UAUAUGGGAAAAGCCAACAAAACUUUUUGAUAUCAACCUCUAUUAUUUUAAGACCUGGCACCAAAAACAACCAUUUGAGUCUUUCUCUUAUUCUGUCAAGGCAAGCUUGGAGAUCAUCAUUUUGGUUGCUCUUCAAGACACUUCUGGCGGCUCUCAGGGGAGUAGGUGGAAAUGGCACAGAUUUUGGCACCUUCGACGCAAUGGCAGAUGAGCAUGCCAAAGACCUCAAACCUUGCAAGUUCCAUGACCACAAAAAUGUGGAGUUCUCUGUUGCUGAAGCAGAACAAGAAAGCAGCGGCCAAAAGUACUGCUAAAUUUAGAGUGCUCGCUGUGAAGUCUGAAAACAGCACUAUCAAUAGGCUGGAGAAUCUACUAAAUUUGGACAUCACUGCAUACACAGAUAAGAUCAUUGCUGAAUACAUUUGGAUUGGAGGUUCUGGGAUCGAUUUGCGUAGCAAGUCAAGGACAAUCUCAAAGCCUGUUAAACAUCCAUCUGAGCUUCCUAAAUGGAAUUACGAUGGAUCAAGUACUGGACAAGCACCUGGUGAAGAUAGUGAAGUGAUUCUAUACCCUCAAGCUAUUUUCAAGGACCCUUUCCGUGGAGGCAACAACAUCUUGGUCAUUUGUGAUGCAUACACGCCAGCAGGCGAGCCCAUCCCUACAAACAAACGCCACAAGGCUGCUCAGAUUUUCAGUGACCCAAAGGUGGUGGCUGAAGUUCCAUGGUAUGGGAUAGAACAAGAGUACACCUUACUUCAAACAAAUGUGAAGUGGCCCUUGGGUUGGCCUGUUGGAGGCUAUCCAGGUCCUCAGGGUCCUUAUUACUGUGGAGCUGGGGCUGAUAAGUCGUUCGGCCGUGACAUUUCAGAUGCUCAUUACAAGGCUUGCUUAUACGCUGGCAUUGACAUAAGUGGCACCAAUGGGGAGGUUAUGCCAGGCCAGUGGGAAUAUCAAGUAGGUCCCAGUGUCGGCAUUGACGCUGGAGAUCACAUCUGGAUUUCGAGAUACAUUCUUGAGAGAAUCACAGAGCAAGCCGGUGUUGUUCUCUCACUUGAUCCGAAACCGAUAGAGGGUGACUGGAAUGGUGCUGGAUGCCACACCAAUUUCAGUACCAAGUCUAUGAGGGAAGAUGGAGGGUAUGAAGCAAUAAAGAGGUCAAUCUUGAAUCUGUCACUUCGCCAUAAAGAUCAUAUUAGUGCAUAUGGUGAAGGAAAUGAAAGAAGAUUGACAGGAAAGCAUGAAACAGCCAGCAUCGACACAUUUUCUUGGGGGGUGGCUAAUCGUGGUUGCUCAAUUCGUGUGGGACGUGACACUGAGAAACAAGGCAAAGGUUACUUAGAGGAUCGGCGUCCAGCUUCAAACAUGGACCCUUAUGUUGUGACCUCAUUACUGGCAGAAACCACAUUAUUGUGGCAGCCAACACUUGAGGCUGAAGCUCUAGCUGCUCAGAAGCUGGCGUUGAAUGUCUGAGGUUGGUUAAACAUCAACUGAAGGAACUCAUAAAGCAAUCUCUUGGAUUUAAAAAGCCGAUGCAUGGGGGAGUUUUUUUUUUUUAGUUGUUAGAGAGAGUCCUGUAAAUAAAACGUCCAAGAGUCAGUGGUUCUACCUGCUCAAGAUUGGAGAAUGGUUUCCCAGAUGGAGGACGGUCUGUGAAUCAGAUGUGUUCACAGUUGGUUUCAAUUUAUGCACUACUUGGAUGCUUGCACCAUUAAUUUUCUUUCAUACCUU